AUGGCAUACACCAGGCCCGACAGUUUCACAUUACCGGAGGACGAACGGAUGUUCUUGAGUCAACCAAGUCCACUUACCCGUCCCAACGAUUCCUUUCCCAAGGGGCCCGACCCAUUGUCGGCCAACUGGAACUACGACAGCGCGAUCGAUCUCUUCUCUUUGAACACCAUGAUGCCCGAGACCUUUCCCUUGGAGAUGUCCAAUGACAUGAUGACCUUGGACCCCAAGGACUUUCCCACCGACUUCUUCGCCCCACCCCCGGAUAUCAGUGGCUUCACUAUCUCCAACCACUCCGGUGAAGAUGCUGCUUCCUGCGGCUCGCUUUCUUCCGACCUCGAAAGUGACGAUCAAUCAUGGUCCCCAACCUGCCGUGUCUCUCCUCUGGACUCCAUGCCCAUGGAGUUGCCCAAGCCAGUUUCGAGAACCGCCAAGUCUGCCGCCCGCCGCAAAACUGCGACUGCAACCCAGCAGCAGAAGGCCCGUGAUGAGGUGGUGACGAGGUGGUCGUCUAGUCCGGAAAUUACACCGCAGGACUACCCCGCUGCCAGCGUGUCUCCUCUCCUCGCCCCCUCUUCCCCUGUCACCACCACCCGCAAAACGACACGCAGCAUGUCCGGGGAUUCGAAUGCCAGCACAGGCCAGGCCAACACGGCCACGGGCCGAAAUGCCGCCAAGCGGGCCGCCCACAACAUCAUCGAAAAGCGCUACCGCACCAACAUGAACGCCAAGUUCGUUUCCUUGGAGAAGGCCAUGAGCGGUGGCAUCCAGAAGCCAAGCAAGGGUGGAUCGGCCUCGCUGAAGAAGUCCGAAAUCCUUACCAACGCUAUUACCUUCAUGCAGCAGCUGCAGGAGGAGAACAAGGCCCUCCAGAAGGAGCUGGCCAUGAUGAAACAGAAUAUGGUCCCCAAUGGGAUGUGGCGACACAACAAGGGAACCGAAGCCUUUCACGCAUAA